AUGAUUGACGAACUUCCAGAAGGAGCUGUGAAGCUUCCAGCAAACAAGUAUCCUAUCUACUUUUUUGGCACCCAUGAAACUACAUUUCUAAGUCCCAAAGACCUUUUUCUGCAUAAGGAAUACAAAGACAAGUUGGGAAAGCCAAACAAAUGGAAAGGAUUUAAUGAAGGAUUAUGGGAAAUAGAAAAUAACUCAAAAGUAAAGUUUACCAGAUACCAGGCAAUUCAGCAGCAGUGCUCUUCAGAAACUGAGGGAGAAAGUGGUAAUACUGCAGAUGCAAACAGCAAGGAAGUAGGUGAUAGAGUGGAAGAUGGAAAAGGCAAAAGAAAGAAUGAAAAAGCAGGCUCAAAAUGGAAAAAGUCGUACACUUCAAAGAAAUCCUCUAAACACUCCCAGAAAUCUCCAGGAGAAAAAGAUGGCAAAGACUGCAAAGAAAAGGAAAAUAAAAGUAGCUCUGAGGGUGGAGAUUCCAGCGAUGACACAAGAAACACAACUGCAGACCUGCAGAAAAGCAGUGAAGGGACCUAA